AUGAAAAGGAAUAAUACUUGUAUUCGGAGGAAAAUCCUGAGUUGGGAAAAUGGUGGGAGGAAGAAACCAGAGGUGGGAUUAGGGCACAGCAUUCCAAGCUGCGUGACAAAGACUAACAAAGGGUUCGGAACUGAGAUGAAUAUACUAGUGGCAGAGAAGAGAGAGCGAUUUAAGGGGUAUAUUCGAGAAUUGGGAUUGGGGGUGGGAGGGAUCGAUCGGCGCUUGGGUUGCACGUGUGGCCGUGCUGCGACUGGGGCUGUGGAAUUCAUAGUCCUCGUGAUCGGAGAAGAGAUCUAUGGAAGACUGUUCCCGCUAGUCACGUGCAGUAGUACUAGCUCCCAGGGCCACGUCUUGGGCUCAUGCUCGUGCGGCUUGUUCCACACCCAGACCAACUCCUCCUUCUCCAUGCUCUUCUCCAUGCCCAACAAUCACCACAAGCCCUACGAUCAAUACGAGCCGUCGGAUCACCACCACAUGUACUCCUUCGCCUCCCCUUCUUCCGUCGACUGCACUCUCUCCCUAGGCACUCCCUCCACUCGUCUCACGUCUGAUGAAGGAAACGAUGACAAGCGCGGCGGACGCCACGAGCGGAGGUCCGUUUCGAACUUCUGCUGGGACCUUUUACAACCAAAACAUGCCUCGUCAGCGCCGAAGAACGGGAGCGGCAACCGCGGCGGCGGUGGGAAUGGAGAUUCGCUUCUGGCUCGCCGCUGCGCUAACUGCGACACCACCUCGACACCGCUCUGGCGAAACGGCCCACGAGGCCCAAAGUCGCUUUGCAAUGCUUGUGGAAUCCGGUUCAAGAAGGAAGAGAGACGAGCCACCGCCGCAGCCGCCACGUCAGCCAACGGCGCAACAUCGUCCGGCAGCCAUUCGUGGAUGAACAACUCCCAGGCUCAGAAAAUGCACUGCUACGCUCCGUCCAUGAACGGUAACGAGUUCCGGUUCAUGGAAGAUCACGACAUGAUGACGUCUCACGAAACGGCCGACGCCGCCGCAGCCGGCAUUCCCUUCCUCUCGUGGCGCCUCAACGUCACAGACAGACCAAGCCUCGUCCAUGACUUUACCAGAUGA